CUCUGAUUCACAAAACCCUAUCGCUAUCUCCCCCACAUCUCUCUCUCUCUCUAAAUUUUCGUUUUUCUUUUCGAUUAGCCUAACGUUUUCUCUGCAGAACUCAAACCCUAACGCCUAACUAACACGAAUCCCUUCCAAAAUCCUACUCUCUCAUAUAGAUUCUACAAGAAGAAGCAGUAAUGGGAGAAAACAAGGAGAAUGAUGCUUACGAGGAGGAGCUUCUCGACUACGAGGAAGAGGACGAAAAAGCCCCCGAUUCCGUCGGAGCUAAAGUCAACGGCGAGUCCGUUAAGAAGGGUUAUGUUGGAAUUCAUAGUUCCGGUUUCAGAGACUUUCUUCUCAAGCCAGAGCUACUGCGAGCUAUUGUGGAUUCAGGGUUUGAGCAUCCCUCCGAAGUUCAACAUGAAUGUAUUCCACAAGCUAUUCUGGGUAUGGAUGUAAUUUGCCAAGCAAAAUCUGGAAUGGGCAAAACUGCAGUUUUUGUCCUCUCAACCUUGCAACAGAUUGAACCUGUUGCUGGUCAAGUUGCUGCCCUUGUUCUUUGUCAUACAAGGGAAUUGGCUUACCAGAUCUGUCAUGAAUUUGAGAGGUUCAGCACAUAUUUGCCAGAUAUUAAGGUGGCUGUUUUCUAUGGUGGUGUCAAUAUCAAAAUUCACAAGGAUCUACUGAAGAAUGAAUGCCCUCACAUUGUUGUUGGAACACCUGGAAGGAUACUUGCAUUAGCAAGAGAAAAUAAUCUUUCUUUGAGAAAUGUGAGGCAUUUUAUACUGGAUGAAUGUGAUAAGAUGCUUGAAUCACUUGACAUGAGGAGAGAUGUCCAAGAAAUUUUCAAGAUGACUCCUCACGACAAGCAGGUUAUGAUGUUCUCUGCAACUCUCAGCAAGGAGAUCCGUCCUGUUUGCAAGAAGUUUAUGCAAGAUCCAAUGGAAAUUUAUGUGGAUGACGAGGCCAAAUUAACUCUUCAUGGACUUGUUCAGCACUACAUCAAAUUGACUGAAAUGGAGAAAAAUCGGAAACUGAAUGACUUGCUUGAUGCUCUGGACUUUAAUCAAGUUGUUAUCUUUGUCAAAAGUGUGAAUAGGGCUGCUGAGCUAAACAAGUUACUUGUUGAAUGUAAUUUUCCAUCAAUCUGCAUCCACUCUGGCAUGUCUCAGGAAGAGAGACUGACACGUUACAAGGGUUUCAAGGAGGGGCACAAGAGAAUUCUUGUUGCUACUGAUUUGGUUGGCAGGGGCAUUGAUAUUGAACGGGUUAACAUUGUCAUUAACUAUGACAUGCCCGACUCUGCUGACACUUACCUUCACAGGGUGGGUCGAGCUGGUCGGUUUGGCACUAAGGGUCUUGCUAUAACUUUUGUUUCAUCAUCAUCAGAUUCAGAUGUACUGAAUCAGGUUCAGGAAAGGUUCGAAGUUGAUAUCAAAGAGCUACCUGAGCAGAUCGAUACUUCUACUUAUAUGCCAUCGUAAUGAAAUGGGGCGCAGUUGCCUUCAAGAAUUGUGAGUGAUGAGCAAAUAGUUUGCAAGGAGAGAAGUAAUUCCUGGCUCGCGUGUUUUCAUCUAUAUGCUAUCGAAUGUUUUGUACCAUUUAUGAAGACGUAGUGUUUACCUGCCUACCACAUCAUCGCAUAGAUCUAGGUUUAUAUUCCUGACUAGCUUUACCUGACAUUAUAUUUAUCAGUUUUCUAGAUGUCAGCUAAAUAUUUUGGGUAAUAGAUUUUUUUGAGGUCAGUACCAAAUAGAUUGUUGGUGAUGUAAUAUGUAUGGUUCAAAGUAGACGACCUAACUGAGUCUUAAGAGCUUUUUAAAUUUAGGCAAGAUGUUGGACUUCUGGUGUUGCUGAGAUUUCUAUAUUUGCCUUCUGCAUUAGCUUUUCUGUUGUAA